GCAAGCAUACAGAAACAUCUCGAGAGACAAGAGACAAGUCAUGUUAAGGAUUUUGCCCUUCAUUUUCGUUUUAACCACAGUUCAAGGUAAACUUUUUUGUCAAUUUUGAACCGUUUUCUAAAAGUACAUAAAGACUUUGUGGAUAAACGCAUCAAACUGAACUUCUGACCAGGUUCCCUUAAUAUAACCAUACGGCUAAACCUUGCUGACGGAGUAGUUUUCGAUGAGACACAGGGCACGAAAUGGGCCCAAAAAUACAGAGUUUUCUGGUAUAAAAGAGCCUUGAUCUUUGUAUCACCAUUUACCACUAUCAUCUUGCCAUUUCCGGGUUAGUUUCUGAGAAAUCAGAUCGAGUAAACUAUCCUAAGUUUAUGGCUAUGCCCUCUCAUUUUUUAGGUCAAAUUAGUUUUGUCCUUUGCUACUCAGCCAGUUAGUACGCACCUGGACUAACUUUUUGAGAAAUGGAGUUAGGUGAAAACAAAUUAUGUUUCGCGGUAAAAUCAGUCUCGAAUACGCUGUAAGCUACAGGUGUAUACGGGGAAAUGGAAAAUUAAGUUCCGCGUUUAAAUGGUCUUAUAUUUUAAAAACCGUCUUUUGUUUUGUUUUGUUUUCCUUCUUCUUUUUCUCCUUUUCUUUGUUGCACUUUUCCAUCAUUCGAAAAGCGAAUCCAUUGCAUUAAAUACUCAGAACAACUUUAAUGCUGAUGCAAUAUAAUAGGACGUUUUCCACGAAAUUGACCCAUAGGUGACAUCACAUGAUGAUCUUGUGUUGAAUUCCUACACGUUUACUCUGAAAGUUUCCUUGCUCUUUAACAUUUGCCUAAUUUGCCUAACUGUGAAGAUGAUUAAAUUGAACUCUUGAUUUGAAGAAAUCCUUGCAGAAGAAACGGGGAGACUAUAAAAUUAUCCUCAGAGAAGAAAGGGAACUCUUUUAAAUUAUAAGUGCUCGUUUGUUGUCUAGCUGUAAGAUACACACCUUAUUUGGUGUCUUAAUGAUGGUAAUAAUAAUAAUAAUAAUGAUAAUAAUAAUAACAAUAAUAAUAACAAUAAUAAUAAUAUCAAUAAUAAUAAUAAUAAUAAUAAUAAUAAUAAUGGUAACGAUAAUAGAGUGAUUUACUUCAACAGUGAAGCAGAUAACAACAAGUGUAAAAUAGCUACACUGGCAGGCGUGGAUCAUCUAGAAAACCGUAUUUCCUCGAAUAAUAGUCGUCCCUUGAUUAAUCGCCUCCCUCGAAUAAUCGCCCCCCUUUGAUGGAAGUAUUUCAAAUAAUCGCCUUCCUCGAAUAAUCGCAUUCGAACAUUGAGUAAAAUGUUCGAGAGUACCGAAUCUACCAAACACCGAAGAGAGGAUUUAUUAUUCCGCUUCAAGAAUCACGUCAAACUUUGAUUCGCCCAUUUCCCCCGUUGCUGCUUCGGUAAAAAAAUAAACAAACAAACAACAUCAACAACAAAAACAAACCAAAAAAACUACCUUUUUGCAAAAUGACGCAACAGUGCAAUGAUAUCCGAGUGCACCGUUCGCUUCCGCUUUCGCUUUUAUUACCCCGUUUUUCUUGUUGUUUUUUUCUGUGUUGGGCAUUUACUUCAUUGGCUUCAUUUCGACAGGAAGAAUUUGGGGGAAAACUUUUAGGAUUUUAGGAUUAGAUGGAAUAAAGUGCAAGUGGGUAGUGGAACAAGACUUUCAUUAGAAUUUUCGGGUCAACUAUAUGUGUAUUUUUUUUUGCGUUUUUCUCCAGCCUGUUUGACUGAAUCGUGAUCAUUCGGACAUAAUAUGAGAGAUGUCAAAGUUGUCUAUGACCGUUAAAACCGAUGACGUCACAAGCGGUACAAGGCGUCGUGGGACUGCACGGGCGGUUCAGGGGUGAAUAGAUUUCCAGAUUGACAACAAGUUUCCAUGAUCUAUGCCCUUAUUCACCAAAGAAAUUACGUCGAAAUUUUGGAAACUCAAGUGGGACCACUAGCCGCAGGCGAGUGGUCUCACUGCAAAGUGUGGAAAAAAUUGACGUCAUUUCUAUGGUCUAUAAGACCAGGCUGAUUAUGGGAAGUCUAGACACCAAAGAUCACAGAUAAGAGAAGUAAAACAUGUUGAGCCCUUUAACCUUUCCUAUUUGAUACUUAAGAGUCUGCCAUGCUCAAACAAAUUAAGAGGAGACUUGUAAACACCACAUUUUUCUGUGGCUUUGGCCACAUUUUUAGUUCAGCACAAAAUUCUCUUGGAAAAAAAAAGGGAGAAACCUCAACUUUCUCCGAUUACGCUGUUGGUAUUAACCUUUCUUUAAUUUAUCCCUGGGAGUUCUGGUUAAUGUAAGAAAAAUUAAAGUAAGAUCUGUGAGAUUUUUGAGGUUCAUCUCCAAGCUAAACCAUUUCUGCAUCAAGAGAUGUUAACCUCUUGGAACGAUAUCCAAUCAGUUUUUAAGGUCACAUUCCUCCGUAGAACCUACAGUGAGAUUUUUGUAAAACUUUCCCUACGUGAAAUUGAAUAAAUAUAGACUGCAGAAAUG